GCUGCAGCCACAUCAGUGCAGACAUACAGGACAGAAACCGAAACUAAAGUAUUGAUAUCGUUGCACUGGUAUCAUUCAACAUCAAUACCAACGCUGGUGUCGAUAUUAUCGAUAUUUGGAUCGAUCCGCCCACUUCUAGGGCUGUACUAUUUCCGACAGCGUUUGAAGGCAACACAACUCUUCCUUGUUUUUCAAAAGUUUAUGUGACAGCAGCGUCUACGCGGAAGCAGCAGAAGUGUUUCCCUGUGAGAGAUGGCCGGUAAACCCGUGAGAUCUGCCAUGAUGGGCGCUCUGCAGAACCUGACCGAUGCGGACCUGAAGAGGUUCAUCCGUGAACUGUUGGCCCGCAAGGACAAGCCCCGCGUCCCUCGCAAUAAGGUGGAGGGCAAAGACUACAUGGACGUAGCAGACGUGGUGGUUUCCACUUUCACGGAGAAACACGCCGUGACCGUGGCCGCGGAGAUCCUGAACAGCAUCGGCUGCUCCGACGAGGCGGAGACACUCGUUGAGGAGACCAGUGGACAAACCUCACAGUCUGCUUCCACUGAUGUUGAGGAGGCCGGUGGACAAACCUCACAGUCUGCUUCCACUGAUGACAUGCACUUUGUGGAUAAACACAGAGGAGCACUGAUCCAGAGAGUGAGCAACAUUGAUUCCAUUUUGGAUGAUCUCCUUGAGAAAAAAGUUAUCAACCAGGAAGCUUAUACCAAAAUCCGAUUGAUCGCUACCCCUCAGGAGAAGAUGAGGGCCCUGUACGAAGGUCCUCUAAAAGCUGCAAAAGCCUGCAAGGAUAUCUUCUACCAAAUCCUUCAGAAGCAUGAAGAAUAUCUCAUCAAGGAGCUCGAAGGAAAGAAGUGAAUAUUGUGAUGGAAUCCAUUUUUAGAAGAAGCUGAUCCGAACAGGAAAUGUUUUCUUGACAUGAUAAAUGGGGAAAUGUUAAUGUUAUGUCUGAGUGAGGGUUUUGUAAAACAAAUCUUUUUGUCCUUUAUUUUACACUUAAAUUAGCUGAAAUGUGUUUGCAGAUCAGUGAGCCUCACUUCACUGAUUGAUUUUAUUCAGAAUGCACCAGAAUGAGAAAGUAUUGAUCAGAAAUGAAUUAUUUUUAGCCAGCAGAUAUCAAAUGGAGCAGGAGUCUGUUUUUAACCUCAUUUUUUUAUCUUAAUUAAAACAGAAUGACCAGAAUUGUUGCUCUAACUGUUGACAUGUAAAUCAGGUGCGAAUGUUUCCACUGUUGGUGCUUCAUUCAAAAUGUUUUGUAUUUUAAAUUCAUAAUAAAUUUUUAAUUUUGAA